GGGGGUAGUUGGUUGGUUGGUGAUGCGUGGUUCUUUUAUUCUCCCUCCUUCCAAAACUAGUCCACCACCGACCCUCCAUCUCUUCCUGGGAGUUUGGGUUGCACGCGCGUUUGUGUAUGUUUGCUGGAUGCCUUUUGGUUCCGCUUUAAAACUCUCUGGAGCACAAAGGCCUCGGCUUUUAAAAAGUUGUAAAGAAGUUUGAGGACAGGGGAAGAGAGUGCGGGAGCAAAAAAGGAGAGCAUCCAAAGGCAUUCUGGAUCUCAGAUGUGUGUGUUUGUUAUAUCCCCCCCCCCCAAAAAAGUAUGCAAACUGCAACUUCCUAACUUUCUUUUCCUCCUCGCGCUGCUGUUCCCUGCAUCUCUCCAAAGGUCAAGCUCUAACGUCCUCCAUGACGAGCGACUAGGAAUAAGAUUUUGUUGUUUAAGCAACUUUCCCGUGUCGGGGCGGGGGGGGGCGGAGGAAAGAGGAGGCGGCGGCAGGGAAGGACUCGCUCAGUUUAAGUCUGAGAUUUAAUAGAUGGCUAUAAAUGGGGGGGGAGGUCGCUGGAACUUUAAAAGGCAGCAAGCUGUGGUUGGCUGGUAGUUAGAUUUGAAGUAACAUAUGGCAUUAAAAGGGGCACAGCUGGAGGUAGCAUUUCCAUCGCAGUGAAGUCAGAGCAGCUGACUCUCCAGCUUGCGGUGUAAUUAGCAAACGGAGCACUCCCUCCCAUACGCUCGCUCUUCGCUCGCGCCCCCUCCCAAUCUCUCUUCCCCCCCCCCACGCAUACAAGGUUCCUUUCGUUACCGGCGAGCAAAAGCCUCUUCUCUUCCCAAUCCUUUGGGUGAUGUCCACCCACAUAAAAAAAAAACCCGAAACACCAACUUGAGGUCUCCCAGAACUUUUUUUUUUGGAGGGGGGGUGCUGUAUUUUUUCCCCUCUCUGUGAGCUCUUCAGUUCCCUGCUCUGCAGCUGUUCAAGGUUAUGAAGGAAGAAUGGAGUUUCCAGACCAUAGCCGGCAGUUACUGCAGUGUCUGAGUCAGCAGCGUCACCAGGGCUUCCUGUGUGACUGUACUGUUUUAGUUGGAGACGCACAGUUCCGAGCCCACAGAGCUGUUCUCGCCUCUUGCAGCAUGUACUUCCAUCUUUUCUACAGGGACCAGCUAGACAAAAGGGACAUUGUCCAUCUGAACAGUGACAUUGUCACAGCCCCGGCCUUCGACUUGCUCCUCGAAUUCAUGUACGAAGGCAAGCUGGAGUUCAACAGCCUUCCGGUUGAAGAUGUGCUGGCUGCAGCCAGCUACCUUCAUAUGUACGACAUUGUGAAAGUCUGCAAGGGCAAGCUGAAAGAUAAGGAAUUAUGCGUGGACGAGAAGGCGGACGGUGGCAGUGGGGCUCGGCUGGGAAAGGAAGGGCAAGUCCUGGAUAACGGAGCACCCUUGGGGCACGAGGAGCUCAGCCCCAGGGAAAAACAGAAAAUGGUUGCUGCAGAAUAUGCAAGAGCCACCGGGAAAGAGAAGGGCAGUGGUUACCCCAUCUGGUCUUCUGAUCUUGUCGGUAUCAACUCUGUGUCAGCUGAGGCAGAAUUGGACACCGUGGCAGCUGAAAAAAUGAGAGCUCACGUCAGUAGUUCCGUGGGACCUUUGUCCCAAAGGGCUGUUUUUCACCCUUUGGCUUCAAGGGAAGCAGAGUGUGCUUUAGAUCUGUCUUGCAAGCCUGUGGCUGGGCGGGAUGCCUUGCAGCCCUCCUGCAUCUUUGGACAGCUGGCGUCCGACGGCCAACAGCAGCAGGGGAGUGAGCCCCUUGUCAAAGACGAACAAGAGUCCCUGUCGGAUGGGGAGACGAGGAGCCUGGAAAGCCACCGCUUCGGGAACUCUGCCACAAGCCUUAUGAUGGGGCUAGGAAGCAUGUUUGCAGGGAACGGCGAUUCCCAUGUGCCGGAGGAAGACGUCGACCAAGAGCGGGAGGCGAGCGAAGAUGACAUGGCUUCCUCCGACAUCUCAACAUCAGGGGUCUUGGUGCCACCAGGCCAUAUCUGUAUUUGCCCGCUUUGCAGCAAAGUCUUCCCCAGCCCGCAUGUCCUCCAGUUGCAUCUCAGUUCUCACUUCCGUGAGAAGGACGGCUCGAGAACCAGGCUCUCUCCCGACGGUUCGGUGCCCACUUGUGCGCUCUGUGGCAAGACGUUCUCCUGCAUGUACACCUUGAAAAGGCACGAGAGGACUCACUCGGGGGAGAAGCCAUACACCUGCGGCCAGUGCGGCAAGAGCUUCCAGUACUCCCACAACCUCAGCCGACAUGCGGUGGUGCAUACAAGAGAGAAGCCGCAUGGCUGCAAGUGGUGCGAGAGACGCUUCACUCAGUCGGGUGACUUAUACAGACACAUCCGCAAAUUUCAUUGUGGCCUUGUGAAGUCACUGGUGGUUUGAGAAAAGUUCUUCUUGUUGACAAAAGAUUUCAUGUGCUCUUUAUGCCGAUUCACUUGGGGCAAACGAUAUGAGCAAGGAGGGUGGGAUAAUGUAGGUCUACAUUUCAUGGGGGAAGGUGGCCCUUAUGCGCCACAUCUCUCCCACCCAUGGCCCUCUGUAAGCCUGCACCUACUGCAAGUCACGUUCUGUGUUUUUUUUCCCUCUCUGUGACAGGUAAGGUGAAUCUUGGUCUGUAAAACUGCUUAAUCCAAAAUCCUUGGAUAGAAGCUGAUUUAAUCCCAUUGGUUGGCUUAAUAGGUGCAUGGGGUGGGUUGCUUUGUGCACCCCUGGUUUUGAUGGUGCUCUCUUGCUAAGCUGGAAGUGGUUUUUUUAAAAAAAGUUCUUAAAGAGAAAGAGAAUGUGAACCUUGAUCCAAAGCUGCACCUUAAGUGAUCAGACUGUGCUGUCUAUUCAGCAACCACCUCCUCUCCCCCUCCCCCCAAAAAUACUGCUCAUGUCUACAUUGCAGCUGCCUCAGGUGGGCAAUUUUGGAAUAUAAUGACUUCUGUUUCUCUCCCAUUCUGGAUGUAACUUUUUAUUUUAAUAUGCUCCAGACAAAUGGAGUUUUGGUGGGGGGGGCUGUCUGGAAGAAAGGCAUGUGCCCCUAGGGGAAUGUCUAGAAUCCUCAUGAUAACUCAAAAGAGGUCUGGAAAUCAGUGUAGGGCAGUUGUGGAAAUUCUCUUGACCUUUAUCGGCAGGUGUCUUUUGAAACCUUUCCUGCUGAGUUAAGCUCACCUGGCUGCUGUUGUAUUUUGCCUUUCAUAAUGUGUUUUCAACUCCACCUGAACUUGCAAUUCUUGUGAAUGGCAUUGAAAUAUUCUACAGCUGCCGGGUGCAAUCUCUCAUGCCUGAUUCUGAAAAGACCCCAACAUGUGGGUUUUAUACGGAUUGGGAUGCCCUAUUGCUAGGGUAGCCAGCUGCAAAAGAAGUCAGGGCUCCUGCGCCUUUAAUAGUUGCCUAUCAAGCUACACCUGCUGGAAUUCCCUGAUCUACCUAUUAAAGAGUCAGGUGACCCUGCUGUCUUCUGCAUCUUUUUAACCCUACCUGUUGUUCACUGUGCAUCAAACUUUGAAUGUAAAUCUGGACCUCCAUGCACAGGAGCCAACAUGAGGCCCCACUAUUAUGAUCUGUCUGCUGCAAAAAAAAGAGGGGGGUAGGCAUGUUCAUGGGUGGAGGUCUCAAAAUGCUGAAAGUUUGAUGUGCUGUGCUUAAUGAGAUGGGAACAUCCUAACAGUGCCAUCUUAAGUAAAAACCUGUCCUCUGUUAAUGAGAACUCCUCGUUUCUCCUAACAAAGGCCCUUUCCUGCAAGUAAAUUCCCACUGGGAGCAAGAUCAGGCUGGCUGGUGCUGAUGGGAGUUGUAGUCCAAAGCAUCUGAAGGGUAACAGGUUGGCCAAGGGUACAUUAGCAGCUGAUUACAUUUAACUCCUGCCAUGGAGGGUGAAUUAGCAGUUGAGAGCAUUUCACUCAUGCAUUUCAAACUUUGGUUAAAGGCAUAGGAAUAGGCCUGGCCGUUCUUUAAUUUCCUAGCCCACGUCUAGUUUCAGAAGCCUGGUGAAAAUACUGAGCGAUGAGCCAGGCCAGUGAAUGCACUCCCUCACACGCUUAGUGUUUGUGUAUGCCCGUGUAUGUAAAUGCUCUUGCUACAUACCCACAUGUAUGUAUAUUCAUUCUCACAUGCUCUUUUGCUUUCAUCCGUCUUUUCAUGAGCACCAGCAUGAGUUGGAUCUUUUGAGAGCAUCUGCAAGUCAGAAAUAGGACGCCAACAGGAGAUAAGUGCACCAGUUUUGUUUUGUUUUUUUUGCUUUCUUUUCAUCCCUUCCCCCUUUAGGAACUCACUGGGCCUUGCCUAACCCUUGGAAAGAGCACAUCUGGUUGGAACAGCUGGUGGAGACCAGCCUGGGGGUGGGGAAGGGUGGAUCCAAAGGAAUGGGGCCUUGAAGUUUUAAGAAGGGAUCAAAGUAAGUGAAGGCGCUGCUACCAUAUCAUUUCUUUAAGGAAAAAUGUAUUAAGUUUUUUUGUAAUAUGUAGACCGUUUAAAGAACAGUUUCUUUCAAAGAGAGAGCAUCAACGUUUCACAAAUACGAGGGUGCCUGUUAUGUUCUAGAAAGUUGUGGUCUUGUGUGAUGCAUGUACUGCUUCCCCAACAUUGGAAAUAGCUAAUGCUAAAUUAAGGAUUUUUGCUACACUAAAGGUUUAAGUCUUCCCAACAGUUUUCGCCACUGCUUUGUUUUGGUCCUGUUGAUAUUAACUGUUCAUCUUCAUAGGUCAGAUUUAGCCAUGUUUCACUGAUUUGUAAAUGGUGCGCUGCCUUCACAAAAUUGGGUAAAUUUGGCCAUUCUCAUGGUUCACUCCAGGCAAACAAAGCAUUGUCGCAUUGUUUUUUUUUGGGGGGGGGGUUGUUUGUUUUAGUUAUGAGAAAUUGAAAUGCUGUAUAGUUAAAACAAAUUUGGGGUGUUACUUCACAUAUUUCUGCCUAAUCCCAGAGUGUCUUUUAGUCUUUAAAUAUCGGGUUAUGCUGCCUUACAGUCAUUCAAAGUAUAUUUUUGCAUAUGUGAAACUUAAAAAGAAAUAUCUGUGCUGGAAUAUAAUUUUGUAGCAUUGGCAUCUAAUGAAUAGAACUGGAGAAGGAUAGCUAAGUCAAAUUUACUGGCGUUUUGGGAAUACCUUAAAGUGAAACUAUCUCAUUUGGAUUUUUUUUGUUUUUAAUUCUAAUAUUAUGGAAGCACUGAAAUAGUUUGCCCUAAAGGGCGUGUUAUGUUAUGCUGCAGAAAAAAAAUUGUCCUGCAUUUCUAAUUACUGUGAUUCUCCCAUCCACCCCACCCCCCGCACAAAGGGGGGACAUGAAGCCACAUGAGGGGAUGAUGUGCUCAGUCAAAGCCUUGUUUGUUUUUUGCCAUAACAGUUCCCACUACUGAAGAGGCAACCCUCUGAGAUUAAAAGACUUGCCUCUUCAACUAUAGGAACUAGUGCAGAGUUAUGUGUGUGGCUUGCUUUCUCCUGUGCACAUGUGCCCUCUGUUGGUUCCAAUCCAGUAUAUGUAGGAAGAACUGCUAUGAAGGAGCAAUAUUAAUAGCAAUACAGCAGCUCUGCUUGAGGCAGGAAUAGUGGGGAAAUCAAGUCCUUUUUGUUCAAAUAAGAACUGAUUGGUUGCAAUUCCUCUUUUAUUCCUCUCUUAAAUUAUGAGUGCACAUUUAAUGUGAAAUUUUACUUCUAUUUAUAGUACGUCUAAAUGGAAUUCAUUUGUUACUGUACAAAAUAUUCUUGCUAACAUAUGCAAGGCAUGCUAGAGGACUGUAUGCCUGAGAUAUGUGACUAUGGUACUGUGGUCUUACUUCAUGUUUUUUUCCCCUUUGGAUUGGAAAUAGCACUGAACAAAACCUUCAAAAAUUAAGUUAUUUUUUUUCUGUUUUAAAUUUUAAGUUAUAUAAAUAUAUUUUUUUCCUCCUGAUGAUACUUGAUAUAGUAUUUAUUAGAUUUUUUUAAUGGAUGCUUACUUUGAGCUUUUUUUUUCAGAAUAACAGGCUUGAAAUCUAAUUUUAAUUGUAUUCUUUACAUGUUUAAAAGAUGAAAGUGUGAAACAGUGCGUGGAAUGUAGCACGCUUUUUGCCCUGAUCCCGGUGAGAAUUCCUGUAUGAGCAUGGAUCUUUGGUACUUGCAACACAGUGGUGGCUGGUGGCUCCAUGUCAUUGGGGCAGUGGAAUCUGCUCUGGGUUUUAGUCUGAACUUUUGAGGGGAUUGCCAAGGUGUUUCAGCUUCAACCAGAGUGGAUUUCACUGCCCUACUGACAUCAGAGCCACCAGCUGCCAUUGUUGCAACAGCUUCCUUGUUAAUUGCAACAGAGCAGCUGCCACAAACCUGGGGCUCUCCUCCAGAUGUUUUGGACUACAGCUGCUAUUGAUCCCAGCUAGGAGUUGUAGUCCAAAGCAUCUGGAGAGUGCCAGAUUGGCGAAAGUGAGGUGCCACUUCAGUGGAUCUGCACCUCCUAUGGUGGUGAAUGGGCAGCGUAUGCAUGUGCGAAUGUGUCUAGGUUUCUGGGUUGGGGCACUUGUUUGUUUCCUCCUCCUUCCAUGCUUGUAGAAGGAUCUUUAAAAAAAAAAACUUUUAAAAGUGCCAUAUGACACCAUUUGGAGUGGGUUGGUGGAACAGAGUGUCAAAAUUAGUUUGCAUUUGAGUCUAGAAAUUUGGAACUCUGGUGAGGGGCAUGCCAUGAGGGGUGGGGAGGUGGCAGAUGUGUCCAGCUUAAGCAAAUUGUUGAAGUGUUGGUUUAGAUUGUUAUCUCCUAACCUUUCUGGGUUGGCUUUUGUUUUUAAAAAGUUUGCACUUUUGAGAAUACUUCUGUUUGUUCUUUGGGUUUUUUUUUUUAAAGUUGCAAUAGUUCUGAGCAUGUUUUUUAAAAAAGGGUUCCUUACUCUACAAGAAAAGUACUAAAACCUUGCACACAUAAGCUUCAUUAUUAUGCGGCAGCUGCUCUGUCUUGCAGAGAACAUAAUUGGGAAGGCCUUUCCAGCUCCAUUUUCACUUUUGAUUUCACCGGAGUCAGGAUUUUACUGUAAUAACUACUUUACUUAAACAAAACACUGGAUUUGUCUUCUACUCCAAAACCAAUACUGUGAAAAUCGUUUUGAAAGGAAAGAGAGAAAUUGGUUAUUUUUAAUUGCUUUUAAUCUUGAUGCAGUUCAGAUUCAAAUAUGUAUAUUUAAAGACACUAAUUUUUUUGUGGGAGAGUUUUUAUAGCAUACAGGAUGUAGAAAAGCUAUUGGAAUGAACUAUAUUUUAUUAAAAAAAGUUCUUUCACUGUU